AAAGAUACGUUUUCCUUCUGAAUUUUCUCACGCCCACCUCCUCCAUCUCUCUUUUUUUUUUCUCUCUUACGCUUCUCUUCUACUUCUCUCACUACUGCUAUUUCUUCUUCUUCUUCUUCGCGGGUCGGUGCUUUAUCGUCAGAGAGAAACUUUACAAGUUGCUGACAGCAGAGGGAGAAAGUGAUAACGCGGAGGGAAAGCCUCUUCCGCGUUUGGCGAACUUGCGUCACUUUCGCACUCUCCCCGCGAUCUUCUCGUCUAUCUCUCUCUCUCUCUCUCUCUUUCCAACUACUCUUGGGAAUUUUUUGACCUUUCUGCUGGCCGUGUCUCGAAACAGGUCGACGAUCCUUUCGCAGGCCUGUCGAUGGAAAAAGCCGUGAACCGCGCGUUAACGCGAAUAGGACGAAAAGGGGCUUAAAUUAUGCAGACGUACGAGUAGUAUUCCUUCCCUUCUCGCUAUAUUUCUCGUGUUAGCUCUGAGGGGUCGGAUGGGAGGAGGUCGCGUUUUCCACGUAAUUUCGAGCGGACGCAAUAACGGCGGCUCCCGAUAAUUGAAACCGCAAUAUGGGAUGUUAAAUCGGAAAAACGGUGUAAUUAAUCGUAAAAUUGGAAAAUGUGGAGGAUUUUUAAAACAAUAUGUGUGGUGGGUGUAUAUCGCUAUAAAUUGUAAUCGUAUUACUGGUUGUAUCGGGAAAUCUCUGAAGUAACAAACGACUCUCUCUCUCUCUCUCUCUCUCUCUCUUUCGCGGGUUUUAAAUAAAAAAAUUAUUGUAUCGCAGCGCAAAUAUUCCCACUCGUAAACAAAUGCUUUGAAACUCUAUUUUAAUCGUUUUAAUCGCGUGAACGCGACGGUACUGGUUAAUCUUAACAGAUUAUCGAGCUACUGAACUAUCAAAUGUCGCAAAUUCGUAUUAAAAAAGAUACGUAGGUAUCGCAGAAUGAUAAUACCGUCGCGUGUGUAUGUGUGAGUUUACCGAUAUUUAUCUCUUUAUUUAUCCUUUAUUCAUCCGUUUAUUUUUACUUACCUGAUUUAGUGUUUGCGCACGAGCAAAGUGAGACUAACUUACGAAAGAACGAGAAGUUAACUAUUCCCACGAUUUGUGAGAUACGAGUUGACACGAUUUGUGAGAGUCAAAGAAUCCGGGUAUGCUCCCUCCGACAUACCGACGUAUCUCCGUAUCGGAUACCUCGAGGAUUAAUGCUCGUUUCUACCAACUUUGGUCAACUUAACCGGCUAGUUAUUCCAAUUGAAUUGACCAAUUGCAUUUCUCGUUAGAAUUGACAGAUGAGAUUAAUAAAUUGCGUUGGAAUAAUCAGCCGGUUAAGUUAACCAAAGUUGAUAGAACAUAAAGGCGUCUGCACAGAAACGCUACGAGUUACUGCAAGUGCUAACUAUAAACUGACGUCUGUAUGUAAUGGGCUUUCUACAAUGAGCCGUUAAUAAUGGAUCAGUUGUCACGAGCGAGUUGUAAAUGAGUCAACUGGUAUAUCAUAAGGCAAUAGCAAGUCGAUAAUCAGUGACUGCAUGGAGAUGGCCGAAUUCCAUUUCUUACGACUUAAAAGUUAUGAUCACUUUAUGACUGACCAAACAAAAGUGUGUCCGCCAUCUUUAUUGAGAGCAGCUGACCAGAGCUGACUGAAAACUGUCUUCUCUCUGAUUGGUUGAAAUAUCGUGAUGCAACGAUCUACUACGAUUUACUGUAGAUGCAAGUUUCCUGAAAUUAAUAGAGACUUAUGAGAUUACUUAUGAGACUUAUAUGAGACUUAUAAUUCUGACUUAUACGACCAAUGUGUAAUGUGAAUGAUGACUAACGGCUUGUUGUAGAAAGCCCAUAACAGUGAACUCAGGUCAACGUACAAAGAAGUCUUAACGUAACUUUGCGUGAUCGGGCGUACUUUUCUACGUAUAAGUAUAUACAAUAUUUUACAGUAAAAUUAUAGUAGAAAUUUUACAGAAAAUUAUGGUAGAAAUAUUCAACUUGUUAAGUUGAUAUUUUAUAAAAAUGUUUGUUAUUUUUUCUGCACUGUGCCGUUUGUAACUUCAAUUGUUGCAAUGACUAAAUGAACACACAGUAUACAAUAGAGAGAGCGAAAUAAAUACUUUGAUAAGAUAUUUCCAAACGAAAAGAAUUUACCAAAUACGAAAUAUUCCUCCACUAAUCUUCUUUCUCUUAUAAAAUAUUUAAUACACACUUUCAUACUACCUUAUAAAUAAUGAGAUGCUUGAUCACGCGUAAUCAUGAUUUCGUUGCUUUACGAUUCUCUUUGUGCAUUGACUUAGACUCAUUAUAAUAUACAGACUUUAAUUUGCGGUCGGCACUUGACGCAGUUCAAAGCGUUCCGGACAUGUUUCUGUAUGGAGGAUCCAAUGCGCGUCGCUCGUACAUAGCAUUGCACUUCCGAAUAGAACAGUAUGACAGAGUUGCCCGUACGUUUCGCUGACAGGCGUCACUUGGAACGUAAACUUCAUAAGAAAGAAAGCGCGCGCCUGCCAGCGAAAAGGAUAGGUAAACCGUCGUACUGGUCUGCAUGUAAGUGAAGUAUCUUGCACUUGACAGCUUUUUGUGUCGAAGUUUGCGAUCGGCUCGCGCUCUAAGAGAAAGAAAGAAAGAGAGAGAGAGAGGGAGCGAGAGAUAGAGGGGGGAGGGGGAGAGAGAGAGGGAGAAAGAGUAAUCGUAACGACAAGCAACUAUCAGUGGAGCAACCUCUCAGUGAAAGUUAUUACUCGGCGAAAUAUCGAUUUCCAUCGUAAACAGCUUAAAACGUCAUUUCCGCGGGCCUCGCGCGGCUUCAUCGUUUCAAUUUCCUGCUUUCAGUGCGUCCGUCCGUCUUUGUGAGUCGCCGAGAGAGGAGCUCGCGAAUCAACGAAUUCUCGCAUGUUAUAAAAUCCAGGGUGCAGCAAUUAGCAUAAAACGGAACGCGAACGCGAGGAGUGAAAGGCUAAAGGCGGUGGCGGCGGAGAAUUUGAAUGUCGAGAAUUUGAAUUAACGCGAGCGCAACCGGAAAAUCAACUUUGACUUGGCGCGUCGCGUUCGAUCCAAUUGCCAUGGAACGACGUUACCAUGCUGAUGCGUUUAGCAUAUUUAUGUCCAUUGGCCGGAAACACUGUGCCGGUGUCCAGGCCAGUGUUGUUAAUGGUUUACGUUGAAUUGGCUCGGUAACGAUAUUUACCCCGUCACAGAGCCUCUAAUGGUCUCCCGCUUCGAUUCGUGUGAUUUAUAUAUAAAUCGACGUUAUCGUAGCCGCGCGCGUUACCCCUUGCUGGAACACGAUAAUAUAACAUACCGGUGGGAGGACACGGGCAAAAUCGGAUAUCAAUAUGUUUUAAAUGUCAAUAAAUAUAUUAUCGUACACGCUAACAAUCCACUCUCGCGUCCAAAAUACAGUCCCGCAAAUGGCAUGAGCGAAGGGGUGGGGCGGGCGCAAUUUGUCGCGUCACAAAGUUAACAAUUUUCAGGGAAACUCCUGCAUGUGUUGUCGGUCGCCACACGUCUCCCGCCCCGCUUGUUUCAUCGAAUACAGAUUUACACAUUCUCCGUUCUUGUGUGAGCGAGCGCGGCAUGCAUAUUUAUCGAAGGGGUUUCUAUCCACGUUUGCAGAUGCGACGGCACCAGCAGCGCAUCCCGACGAAUCAUCAUCCACCGACGGAUCUCCUCGAUCUCGGUCGAGACGGGACGCUUGAUCGUCCGGCUAGGUGCCGUUUUCUAUUACAUCGUUAGAACCCAAACAAGGUAAUCUGGACAAUCAAUCACCGCUGUGAAAAUCAAGACGAGGGGGAGGCGGCCAUCUGAUAACGACUUGUGAUCAUGCUCAGUCCCAAGAUGCAAAGAACCGUGAGGGUAAAUGACGCUCAGCUAGUCAUGCUGUCGGAGAGAGCCCAUUAUGAUCACUCGCUGACGGGAUAUUUGCACAAGCGGGCAGCCGACUCCACUAAGUGGCAAUUACGAUGGUUCGUUCUCUACCAGAACUUGCUAUUCUAUUACGAGAACGAAGCCUGUUCGCGGCCCAGUGGAGUUAUUCUACUGGAGGGCUGUUAUUGCGAUCGACUCAUCACCGCCAAAGGCAAAGAGCCGGAUAAACAGCACUGUUUUGCAAUAUCGUACAGGCGGGAGAAUCAACGGCAAUACGAGCUGAAAGCGGCCACCGAGACGGACUGCAAAACGUGGAUCGACGCGAUACGAGAAGCCAGCUUCAACAAAUUGUUGCUGCAAAAGGAGGAGCUCGAGCAGAAGCACCUGCACCUGUUGCAAAUCGUCGAGAGCGAGAAGACGGCCAAGUGGCAGUACACUCAGCAAUGCGAGGAACUGGCGUCGGAGAUAAAAAAGCUACGAGCCGAGCUAUGCACACUUAAAAAGGAGUUGAGACCCUCCGUGACGCCGACUUAUACCAGACCAGUGGUUCAAAGGGCUAUGUCUCAAGGCGCUGGAAGUUUGUACGGUGGACCCCAGGAAGGAAUGGCUCAAGGACCCGCAUUCGGAGGGGCGCCCGCAUUACGCAGCAUUAUGGAAGGUUCCAUUGAAAUGCAGAAAAUCAAGAAAGUCCAGAGUUUCUUCAGGGGCUGGCUGUGCCGUAGGCGUUGGAAGCAGAUCGUUGAACAGUACAUCAAAAGCCCGCACGCGGAAAGCAUGCGCAAGAGGAAUAGCCUGGUAUUUAGAAUGGUGGAGGCCGAGGUGGAGUACACGGAACAAAUGGAAGUCUUGGUAAUCUGUUUUCUGAGGCCUUUCAAGAUGGCUGCCAGUUCAAAGAAACCCCCAUGUAGUCAUGAGGAUGUGAAUAGCAUAUUUUUGAAUAGCGAGACCGUGCUGUUCCUUCAUCAGAUCUUCCUGAAGGGUCUCACUUCUCGUAUGGAGAGCUGGCCCACUUUAGUUUUAGGUGACUUGUUCGACAUGCUGCUACCGAUGUUAUCGAUAUAUCAAGAGUACGUGCGAAACCACCACUACAGCCUUCAAGUGUUAACCGAAUGCAAGCAAUCAACCUCGUUCUCGGCAUUGCUCAAGAGGUCGGAGCAAAAGACUGCCUGCCAAGGACGAUCCCUGGAGACCUUCUUAACGUAUCCCAUGCAUCAGAUUCCGAGGUACAUCAUUACCCUGCACGACUUACUGGCGCACACGCCGUACGACCACGUGGAACGCAAGAGCUUGCAGAAUGCCAAGCAGCAGUUGGAGGACCUGUCGAGGCAAAUGCACGACGAGGUCAGCGAAACCGAAAAUCUGAGAAAGAACUUGGCCGUGGAGCGAAUGAUCGUCGAGGGAUGUGACAUUUUGUUGGACGUCAAUCAGGUCUUCGUCAGACAGGGUUCGCUCGUGCAACUCGUGGAUAAACCGCGCGGGGCACGAAGCAGGCUGAGCGCUACCUUCGGUGGCAAAGCCGCGAGUGACAAGGAGGCAGUCAGACAGUGCUUCCUCUUCUCAAAUCACCUGCUGCUGACGACCCGCCAGUCCGACGACGACGGUCGCCUGAAUUUGGUCCCGCAAAUCGGCAAGAUACCCUUGUCCGACGCGGUGCUGGUCGAGGACCCGAGCGAUCAGUCCGCCACGGACGACGAUGAACUGUCAGUAUGUUCGAUGUCAAGCGGCAUCAGCGAGAGCAGUGGAAGCGGAAGCGGUAGCGCGACCUCCCAGUUACAGAAUCGCGACUUCAAGAUCAUACUCGACGUAAAGCCUGGCGGGCUUCAGGUGACUGUGCAUCUCGUGGCGCCUACUAUGCAGGAGAAAGCCGCUUGGGUUAGCGACAUCAGUCAGUGCAUGGACAACGUUCACUUCAACGACCUGCUCCACGGAUCGGACACUAGUUCCGUCACGAUGCCGCAGUCAAUCAGAAACGAUCCGAAACUCUUCAAGGAUGACGUAGACAUACGGUUCAGCCGUACCUUGAACUCCUGCAAGGUACCGCAGAUCCGUUCCGCCACGCCGGAACGUCUGCUACAGCGUUUGACCGACCUGCGGUUCCUCAGCAUCGACUUUCUCAACACAUUUCUGCUGACGUACCGGGUGUUCACCGACGGCGUCACGGUGUUGGAGGCUCUCAAGAAAGUGUUCUACGAGGCUGAACCGCCGGACGCAUCGAUGCCCACCGGGUCGCUUGUUAUCGCGGAUCUGCUCUCGAUAUCUCUGGACGUGUUAGGAGCAUCCGCGGGCGAGACUCAAUUGCAUUCGGAAGACCGAAGGAGAAGUAGCUUCUCCCCAAGACGGACCAGCGGCGCGAGUUCAGUAUCAGGAUACGGAUCAGAAGCCGACUGUCGUGAAGCUAGGCCUCACGGGUCUUCCGACGCGGGUGGACUGAAUUCGAAGGGUCAUUGGCGAUCUGGUUACAAAAAGUUGGAGGAAGAACAGUCGCUUGGUCUGAUCUCCGAGACCCCGAUCAUCACACGUAGCCCUACGUCGCAGACGUCGAGCUCAUCCACAGCGUCGCAAUCCCCGAUCACGCCGCGUAAGAUCAGUAUUCGCGUGGACAAGGACUCCGAGAACGACGGGUGUCAUCUAACGAUACCGAAAGUGAUCGCUGUGUCGUCCAGUUCUGAGACACUAACAGAUAUUACAGUAAUCAGCGCGCCAUCCUCGCCGAGCAACUUGAGCUCCGUGACGCUAAUCGGCUCAACGGGAUCUGGAUCCGGAUCCGGAUCGGAUCCGAGUCCUCAGGAGGCAGGGACUUACUCCCGCGGUAUCUCAGAAGAGACAGACACGCCCGUGGCGACGGAAGACAGCUUGAGAGAAAUACAAUUUACUUAUGACACGCCGACGCAGUCGAUCGAUAAGCCGGACACACCGACGAAAACGCCGACCUCGCCAGCGAGCGGAGGUGUCGAAACGAGCAAAGAGGGCCGAGCCACUUCGGACGACGAGGACAGCGAAUCCUCAUCUCGACAAGCCAGUCAAGCGGCCAGUCAGACGAGCCAACAAUACCCGGAGCACAGAGCAUCGAUCGCCUCCGCUCCGCCGUGCACCACCACCAGGAGAGGCUCGAUCUCCACCAUAACCGGAAAUUAUUGGGCGAGCCGGCGAUCGAUGCAGGAGGAGAUCUCCUCGCAGCAGGGUAGCUAUCAGCACGACGCUCAACAGGUCUCCGGCAAAGCCGGCGUGGUGAUCACGAGCUUUCGCCAGAGUCACCGAAGCAUUGGACCUGAACCUAUCUGGAGCAGCACGUCCACGGCCGCGGCCGCGUUCGCAAUCGCGACCUCCGCCUCGAGCAAUCCACCCGACAAGGGACCUGGCACCGCAAACGACGGCAACAAUCGCAGCGGCUCGUGCCGCGACAAGAACAGGCGGAAGGAAUCGGUGAUGUCGACCGCGGCGACGAUGAGAGUGCUCAAUGUCUUGCGGCACUGGGUGUCCAAGCACCCGCAGGACUUUGAGCUCGAUCAGAAGCUCAAGAACCUGACGAUAGAGUUCCUGGAGGACAUCAUUUACAGUCCCAACCUGCUCCCGGCUGAACACAAGGCAGCCAGCCAACUACUCAGACUGAUCACCAAGGAAGAGCUCGAAAGCAGCAAGAUCGACUUGGACAAAUUGCUGGCGCCGCCGACGGUUCAGAGCAAAGAGAGCAUCGAGACACUAUCAGCGCUCGAGAUCGCGGAGCAGAUGACGUAUUUAGACCAUCAGAUAUUCGUGUCCAUCGCCAGCGAAGAAUUCCUCGGACAAGCGUGGAUGAAGACAGACAAAGGAACCCGCGCGCGUCACAUCCUCCUGAUGACGAAGAGAUUCAAUGAGGUGUCGGAAUUAGUGGUAUCUGAGAUUAUUCGACGGUCCAACAUGUCGGCCAGGGUGGCGGCUAUCGAGAAGUGGACCGCGGUCGCCGAUAUCAGCAGAGUGCUGCACAAUUACAACGGCGUGUUGCAAAUUUGCGCGGCGUUCACGAACAGCAGCGUGUACAGGCUGAAGAAGACUUGGGAAAAGGUGCCCAAGACGACGAAGCAGACGAUAGAGAGACUGCAGCACAUUGUCUCGUCUGACGGACGUUUCAGAAAUUUGCGGGACGCCCUGCAUCGCUGCGAUCCACCCUGCAUCCCUUACUUAGGUCUCUACCUCACUGAUCUCUCCUUCAUCGAGGAGGGUACUCCGAACUUAACCGAGGACGGUCUCCUAAAUUUCUCCAAGAUGCGAAUGAUCGCUCAUGUAAUCCGCGAGAUACGGCACUUCCAGCAAACGCCGUACAAGAUCGAAUUGAUCACGAAAGUGAGCAACUACCUGCUGGAUACAUCGCUUUUAUUAAAUGAGAAGGAUCUGUAUCGCAUGUCCUUGGAGAUCGAGCCCAGAACAUCCAGAUUGAGCAACUCGACUAUAAUCGGUCUGCCACCCACGGUAAACCAAGCGUCCAUGAAGUAAGUUCGUUUCGUCACCCUGAGUGAGCGAGUGAACGAACGAACGAAAAGAGAACGAAAUGUUAUUACGAGAAAAUAUUUUGCAUUUUUGUACGUUCCUGAUUAUUUCGUUAUCAUUGUUGUAAAGUUGCACAGGUGGAAAUUAGAGGAGAAAGUAAUAAGUUUUUGACGAUACUCGAUGAUAAAACAGCUGUAUUUGUUCUUCUCUCUCUUUCUCUUUCUCUUUCUCUCUCUCCGAUCAUACAUAUUCACUUCUCCCUCAGUCUACGUAUUCGCUUUAUCUUCUCGCUCGUCAGUUGACGGUUGACAGUUGAUGAGAAGAAAGCUUUCAGAUCGAAAAGUAGUAAAUAUCCGUCGCACGCGCGACCGAUUAUUCAAUUACGAACGCGAUUCGCCGUGUUUACAGCCCCGUCCAUUCUUUCUGUCCACUUCAGUUGCGUUGUCGGCUUGUGACGCGAUCUUCAACGUUCCCUUUCGUUGUCGUUUUUGCGUCUACGCUUCGCGAGAUAUUUACAUAAGCUCCUAGACAAGUAAGGUCAACGAGGAUCUCGUCGUCGCAAAGAAUCGGUCAGCCUCUUUCGCGGAAAGAAGAACUUGUCGUGUUCGUUCUGAGACAAAUGUAUAUAAUCGCAAUAAAUGCAAUGAAAUUUCAAGCAAAUCUUCUCUAGAUUGCUGCAACUGCUGCCUGUUGUAUUUCGAUUAUUUCAUGAUCGUUGUUUUUAUCACUUUUAGGAAGUUUUUGUGGACAUUUUGCAACAUUUAGCUAUAACUAUGCAAGAAUAAUCCAACCUAUGAGAUUAUGAUUUUUGAGUUUUACCAACAAGUAAUCCAUACGUCUUUCUAGAUAACAAAAAUAAGAAAAGAUCUAAGUCUUAUGGGCUAUCAUUAAAAAACAGUUUUUAUUUUCUACUGUUGUAGUUGCGUCAUUUGUUACUAAUUGUGUCUUCUUUACUCUUUUUUAAGCUUGUCAAUGAAUAUUUCGAUCAAUAAGAACCUUAGUGCUAUCCAUAUUUUUUAAAUCAUAUAUCAAAUGUUCAUCUUUAUUUUUCUUGAAACGUACUUCAUAUAGGUUAGAUUAUUCUUGCAUAAUUGUACGGUUUGUCGUAGUAACGUAAUAAUAACAUUUGACGAUAAAACGAAUACGUAGACUGAAGAAGAAGUAAAUAUGUGUGAUUGGGGAGAGAGAAAGAGAGAGAAAAAGAUAAGAACAAAGAUAAUACAACUAUUUUAUCAUCGAGUAUCGUCAAAAACUUAUUACUUUCUCCUCUAAUUUUCACUUGCAACUUUGCAACAAUGAUAACGAAAUAAUUAGGAAAGAACAGAAGCGCAUAAUAUUUUCUCGUAAUAACGUAAUAUAUUUCUCUCCUUGUACAUCUUGAAUAUCGUUAUCUUGUGUGUCGCGUGUAUCGUGCUGAUAAAAAUAAGAGGAAAAAGAGAUAUUAUAGAACAUAAUUCGGAGCUCGGUAAUGUGGGUUGGGGUUUUAUCUAUUCUCUGAUAAAUUGUGCGCAAUGCGUGUCGUCGCGAACAUUCCGAAUUUUUUACCAGAUGGAAACUACUGUGUUAAACACCGACGUGAUAAUCGUUGGCGAGGGCGCAAAGUCACCGUCGCUGAUUUUCAUUUAGUGCAGCUCAAUCGAGCCAGUAUUACUAUGCGAGGCGUGCAACUCAAAUAGUUCCAAUGAGUACCUUUAAGACAACAAAUGAGAAGCGUGGGAGUCGAGUGAAGGUCUUGACAAUCAGUAGAGUAAAGAUAUUACUGUUUUUCGUUUAUUCUGAUUAUCGCUAUACGAGCCUCAAAGCAACUCGCUUGCCAAGCGACCGAAAAUCGAUUAUUUUGCAUCCUUUCCUAAAAUUUUAUUAUAUAUAUACUCAUUACCAGUAAUCAUAUUUUACAAGUUUACAGAGUCUUAUUUUUUAUAGAAUUUAGCUAUAUUUUUUUAUAUCCUAUUAUUACUUCUUUUCCGUCUAUUAUAUGAAAUAUAAAAUGUUUUACUUUUCUAUUAAAUUUAUUUUACUAUUUUACAUGUUUUACUUAUUUAUCUAAUACCCGCACGCGUUAUUCAUUCACGUUAAAAACUUAUUUCCGAUUCGUACCAAGUUUUGUAAAAACAAGUUUUAAUUACAAAAAUAUUUUCCGUGUUUGGCAAGCGAGAUAUGAAUCUUAUGCGAAGAAGCUCUACACAUAUCAACUAUAUUUGAUAUAUUUCAAAACAACGGUCGCCCGCCUCUAUAUUUUUAUUCGAUAUUUGUAUCUAUAUAAAAUAAUACGACCAGGUAGAGUUCGGAGAGAGAGAUAGAGAAAGAGCCGGGAUUCCGUUGACGAAGAGGUGAGUCCUUGUGUGAAAAAAAUUUGUAUACACAUAUAUUAUGUGUAUAUAUAUAUAUAUAUAUAUAUAUAUAUAUAUAUAUAUAUAUAUAUAUAUAUAUAUACAUACAUGUAUACGCGCGUCUCUCUCUAUUUUUAAUCUUGCGUUUACGAAAUUCUCGCUAUGUGGGACGCGUAUGACAUCACGAUGUUUUUGGCCUCGACGCGGCGGCAUUCAUGGCAUGCGGACCACGCGUUUCCAUCUAAAAAUAUCGUGUUUAAAAUAUUCUCUUUUCGGCUUUGAAGGAUCCUAAGAUCAUACAUUAAAGUAAAAUACUCCAGGAUUCUAGAAAGAUUCUAGAAAUCGGAAAAAUAUUACGCGUCUGCUUUGCCUGCAGAAUCGUCUCCUAAGUGAUUAAUACAUUUCUCACGAUCGUGCGCGUAUAACGAACGCAUUAAUCACAUUUCCAUCGACGAUGCAAAGCAAGCCCCGUUGAAUAUGAAUCAGGUUAAAUAGAUCCUUUACAUUAUAAAUCGCUCUGUGAAACUGGGUCGUCUGGAGCUGAAGAAUCCGCGGUUCCUGUCAGAUCGGUUGCCGCUUUAACGGAGAGAUCCACUGUUAUCCGAGAAUUCGAGCAUAAAAAAAUCCUGAGCGUUCUUUAAAAAUCUCCA